CAAGGAACCAUGAAGGCUUUGUGCGCUGCUGUUAUUGUGCUGAGCUUCAUCUCAGUGGGCCAGCCUGCACCGCUGACCUGUGAUACACUAAAAAAGCCAGUAGAGAAAGGUCCAAACUUGUCUGGAAGAUGGUACUAUAUAGCUAUAUCAACAGAGGUGUGUUUGCCUACAACGCUGCUGGACAGUAUUAUUUGGCCAAGUUUUUCCAUGGAUGUAACUUCUAAAGACACGCCCAACCUCUAUGAUGGCCUUGCUAGAGUUAAAAUGUAUGGAUAUUGUGUCAAUGAAUCUGAGUCGGCUCUGUACGUGAACAACAAAAUAUAUGAUGUUGACAGUGAAAAUGCCCCCACUGGUGAUCCAGAUGUUCUGCUGCACACUAGCUGUCAUGACUGCCUUGCUGUAAAAACCGAUGAUGUCAUCGACAGUCUCGUGCUCCUCAGUCGGAGAUCAACCGUCACCACUGCUGAGCUGCAAGAGUUUAAGAAGCAGGUUGAGUGUUUUGGUUGGUCCAAACCAGUGGUCUUAAACACAGACCAUGACUUUAAUAACUGUCUGACCAUUGAUGACAACAUGACUGAGGAAGCGGCUGAACAUUUCCUGAAAAACUUCUUUCCCAAGAUGAUUGAAAGAAUCAAAAAUACCCAUCAUAAUAUUUUCAAAUGUCUCUCAGACAUGGUUGCCUAUUAUGGAAGCUCUCCUUUUGCUUUAAAGUAAGCAAUAGUUGUUUUUCAACCAGUAAUGCUUAUUGUGGCCCUUUAACAAGAGUGUGAAUUUGGACAAAAUAGCUAACAACAAUCAGUUUUUUACUUUUAAAUUAUAGUAAUUACAAAUCAUGUCCAUAUACUAAAACAACUUUUACUGCAGAGUAAAUUACAAGAAAAAAACAAAACAAAACAGGUAUUCAUUCAGGGAAUAUAAACAGCCUAUACAGCUGAGUUAUUUUUUUCCUGUUGGUUGUCAGAUAUAAAGGGGCAACAGAGUAAAAAAAAUAAAUAAAUAAAAUCUAACAAGGUUAAGUUUCCCAAGAAGACUGAAAAAGUCUUUUGGAUAAAAGAGUAAAUGUUUCAUCAAAUAAGAACCAUGCAGAGGACCUCCUAACUCAACCUUGUUAGAUUUAUCUACCUGGAUAAUUGAGCAUGCAUCAGGACGUUUUUAAAAAAAAAACUUUUUUCCCAUUUAUUUUUUUAUUUUUAUUUUGCAAAGCAGUGCACAUGAUAAGCUAAAAUAUCUAAAUUUAGUGGCAUAACACUGAGUUUACCACAUGGUUUAAAUUCAGCAAGACAAGUUUUGGGUUGACCUGGCAUGAAACAAUUUUGUGAGUGAAGUAAAUGAAGAUCUACAGAAAAUAAAAGGGCAAACUUUCAUACUAUAUGAUUGCUGUUGCUAAGUGUUAUCUGUGUGUUAAUCUGCACAACAAUAAAAACCUCAUAAAACCCCCUAA